AUGCCCGGGCUUCGCAGGCUUCUCGCCCGAGUUGCCCUGCUUUUCAGCACUGUCUCUCAGCUGCCCUGGGUUGAGCUGCCCGGCGUGCCCGGCAAGCCUCGCCUGCCCGCAGUGCCCGACCUUGCACUGCCCGACGUGCCCCUUGCAGACGGAGCGCCUGCGCCGGAGCCGGCGCGGGGCGAGCCAACGGCCGAGGCGGGCUCGACGCGUUCGGGCUGGGGCGAGGGGCUCUUCGACCUCGUGACGCUCGGGCUCCACUUCUUCUCCGUGGCGCUGCAGGUGCUGUGGUUCGCCAUCAGCCGUGGGGAGUGGGCGUUGGUGCUAUACGCCGGCGGGCCGCGCUGGCACCAGCGGAGGAUCUGGGGCCAUCUAGCGCCUCCACAGGCGGGUCAGAGUGACGCCGACUUCUACUUGAUCAGUACGCCUGAUCAUGACGUGUACGAGGAGGACUACGGUCGUGACAGCCAGGACGUGCUGGCCAUCCGCUUCACUGACGGCCAACGCGAUCUGGCGGGGCUGGACGCCAACCAGGUGUACAGGUUCCGCCGGGCGCUCACGCCCGCCCAGACGGCCGCCAUCCGCGUCGCCCUGGACCAGGUCGGGGACGAGACUUACCUGGCCCGGGAAAGGGCGACAGGCUCGUGGGAGGCCUUCGACUUCACGUUGGCCGCGGCGCCUGGGCCGAGGGCUGCGGCUGCGGCCGGCGGCCACGGCGCGGGGGGCGGUGCCCCUGCGGCGGCUGGCCUUGCUGGCGUAGCGCCGGCCCGGGGGCCGGGCCUCGGCGGCGGCCUCGGCGCAGGGGCGGCGGCCGCAGCCGCGGCGGCGCCGCCGGCUGGAGCUGCUCCCGCUGCCGGUCAGCAGGGGGCGGACGGCGUGGCCGCCCUGUUCGCGCCGCCGCCUGCGCCCGAGUGGGUCAUGGUGGAGACCACCUCGGCGCGCGCGCGUGGCACGGUCGUGCAGCUGAACGGCUCGGAGAGGCUCGGCGGCGACGUGGGCGUCAUGAGGGUGGCCGAGGGCUGGAUCUGCAUCCGGCAAGUGUCGAUCAACCUGGCGCUGUACGCCAGUGCUGAAUCCGGCCACGACUGUCGUCUCCUCGGGCUCCCUCUUCAGGUCGACGGGCACCGCGAGCGCUUGCAGUUUCGUGAUGCAGUAGCUCGCUUCACCGAGUCUGGGCUGGUUGGGUGGCCGCUCGAGGGCCCUCGGACGGUCGGCUGGUGCUGCGUGUUCAUCGACCGCCGUCGUGGCGGGCCGCUGGAGCACUUCCACCAGUUCAAGAGCUACUAUCACCUGACGAACGACGACUACGGGAUCACCCACUACGAGAGCAUCAUGCGGAUGAUCGAGUUCCUGGCUUGCUGGGAUCACGUGAACCUCCCCGACUUGGUCGGGGUGGAGGUGGCGAUGAGGCAGGCGCAGCUGUACGAGUACAUAUACGCGAUGGAGUCCGAGGGCUCGGUGGCCGGUGCAGCUGGCCCCGGUGAAGGCGAGAAGGACGGCAAGAAGAGCAAGGGCAGGGGUGGCGGCCGUGGCCGCGGUCUGUCGCGAUUCGCCUUCCUGGACGAGGCCUCGGUCUUCACGGGCACGUCGAAGGAGGACGGGCGGAUGAUGGUCUGCCCGUCCUUGCUACAUCAUGUGGCAGCAAUGGUGGAGAGGGGCGCGGGCAUCCUCAAGGCCUCACGGAAGGCGAAGGAGGAGCGCCGCGCCCUCUCCGGGGCAUGA